AUGAAAUUAACUGUCCUGUUUUAUUUGAACAUUUUCGUUUUGUACAUUCAUAUAUCCAGUGGAUCUGAAUAUUCAUCAUUGAUGAUGAAAAGCUUGAAUAGAAAGCUAGAAAACGCCGAUGGUAAUGAAGUCUACUUUUCGAUGAUGUCAGCAUAUUAUGAUGAAGAACUGAUAUAUUUUACAAAAUACGUAAAUGAUUAUCUACAUCCUGCAAACAAACCCAUUAAUGAUUAUGUAACUUGUGAAAGUCGAAAUUUCAAAAUCUCGGAAACCUUGUCACGUUCACUAGUAUUCCUAAUACUAAACAAUUUCGAUGAAACCCUAAACAAAUUGCGUGCAUAUGAGUCUUGUAUAGACAAUCAAAUUGAGUUCUAUAACAAUUUUCAGUAUCUGCAGGACCUUGCUUGGAAUAAGGCGUUUUACGAGUAUGGGUAUUACAAUUUUCACAAUAGUGCUUGAAGAAAACCAAGAAGUGCUCUUGAACUCUUUUGAUUAUUGAGUAAUGUGUAAUAAUACACUGAACAACAUUUAACGUUCUGUAACUGUAUUCAC